AUGCUUGCCCAGAUCGUCCAGCAGCUGGACAACGAUACCCUGCUCGUAGUCUUCGGAGACCACGGUAUGACCGAUCGCGGCGACCACGGCGGCGAUAGUCGAGAAGAGGUCGAUGCAGCGCUGUGGGUAUACUCCAAAGGCCCGGCUCUGGUCUCGCCCGACUGGUUCCGACACCCGAUGACUUCAGAGGCGCACCCUGUCGCCAAGCUUCUUCGGGCUUCCGAUGCGUCCACCACGUUCGAGGAUCGUAUGCUUCUCAUCUGCCCGGAAAAGGACUUGGUCUCCCCGAUCCGCUCAGUCGCUCAAGUCGACCUCGUCCCCACCCUGUCGCUCUUGCUGGGUCUGCCAAUACCCUUCGGCAACCUCGGCGUUCCGAUACCAGAGCUUUUUUACCGAGCUUCGUCACUACCAGCUGCCCAAAAGGAUCGCCCGCCUGCGCCUACUCCGAAGCGGAGUAUUUUCGUCAAGCUUACCAAAGCCGCGGAGCCUGCGCGACAGGACGAGACCCUCACACCCCUAUCUACACUGCUUCAGGCCACCGUCAUUGCCUCCUCGCAGCUGUCUCACUACCUCGAAGUCUACACGUCCCAAGACUCGAAUCGCGAUCUCGCACGCGCGCUACCCGAACUCCAUCUCAAGCUUGCCUUGGCAAAAUCGACCUUCCGAGGCGCCUAUGGGCCUGGAAGAGAGCAGGCGGCUUUGGAGUUGGAGGCGUUGGAGCGGUUCUGGUCCUUUGAACGCACAACGAGGCAACGCGCUCGUGCGGUUUGGGCUACAUUCGAUCGCGUGCGCAUGUUCACGGGCUUACUGGUACUCUCACUCGGGACGGUCGUCAGCCUCGCUUUUUACCAGGGUGCAAGCCGUGGUGGUGCGACAAGGUCUCGGCUCGGAUCCGGGGUCGAAGGAGCGGCAGUCACAGCGUGGGGCUUGGUGGCACUGCACCUCCUCGGUGCAACGCGACUUCUAGGCGAAAACGCUCGAGUACUCCUCUCGGUGCUCGUCGCGGUCGGCUCCGUGGCUUUCAUUGCCGUACCAAGAGUCUCCGCCGGCGCAUUCAAGACCGCGGCCCGAACGUGCGUCGGCUUGUUACCGACAAUUGCCCAUGCCGCUAUCUUCACCACGAAUUCCUUUACCGUCUUUGAAGAUGCGGUUGUGCGGUUCCUGAUCUCGACAAUGAUUGUUAUAAGUAUUCUGCGCGGUCUUGUCGCCCCCGAAGCUCGCUUACGACGCCGAAUCGUUGCCUUCAAUACGGUCGCCUUGGUGUGCGUCCAAGGCCUCGCGUACAGCACCUCAUGCCGUGAGGAGCAAGCACCUUUCUGCACGGCGACGUUCUAUCGACCCCCAGGAUCUGUCUCGGCCCUGAUCGCGCUAGCCCUCUCCAUCUUGACCAGCAAUGCCCUGCCGACGAUUGUGCGGUAUUCGUUAGCCCAAUCCGUUUCCGACGUUCCCCUCGCUCGCUUGUUCCUCACAACCCCCGUCCGAGGUAGCCUCGCUUGCGUGAGUGUGUACUGGACCUUUGAUUGGUUCAUUGCAGCAUUCCCGGCACACGACCUCCUCCCUUUGGCGAAUAGUCUUAAAACAGGUUUCGCGAGGGCGGCGCAAAUCGGUGCCGUUUUGACCGCUUCCUUAUUGUGGCAUUACCUUCCGCUCUGCGUGCACGUUGAGACGGCUACACCUCGCGACGGCGUUCACGAAAAGACUGCGCCACGUCUGACCGAGAUGAUUGGCUUCGCAAAUGCCUUGGGGGGAAGCUAUCUCUUGCUCGUCGCCGCGUGCUUGACGCUGCUGUUGUUGGUCAACCCGCCCAUGGGUCAGAUUGCGCUUGUUCUACACCUCACCAUCCUCCUCUCGCUCUUGGAGGUCUAUGAUUCCGAGCGGGACGUCACUGCACUCUUGUCGGCAAUCACUGACGAAUCGAAUCUCGAAGCCUUACUCAACGGUCAAACCCCGCAAGUCGCGAAUCCGGGUCUUUCACUCUACCAGGGGUCGAUGCUCUCCCUUGUCGCGCACCUCGCCUUCUUCGCGACCGGUCAUCAAGCGGCCUUGGUCUCGAUUCAAUGGUCGACGGCGUUCAUCGGGUUCCCCAAAGUGACCUACCCGUUCUCGCCGACCUUGAUCAUCCUCAACACUUUGUCGCCCCACUUGCUCACCGCCUUGGUGGUACCACUCUACGCAUUGUGGAACGUCUCUUCCCCACUGCGCGACCAGCCCGCGUCGACCAUACCCCGUUCGCUCGUCCGCAGUGUCAUGGCUUACCUCACUACCGAAUCGGUGCUCACGCUUUGCGCCUCGACGUUUGCGAUCUACUUCCGUCGCCACUUGUUCGUUUGGAAGGUCUUUGCCCCAAGAUUUAUGUUGGGUGCAAUCACGCUAUUGGGCGUCGACGUUGCGUUGUUAGGGAUCGCAUUAGCAUGGGGCUCACGAGGCGUGAUGAGCAAAGCAAAGCCUUUAGGGACUCGAUGGGCGGACUGA